UCGUGGCCUAUAGCAGUCAAAACUCCGGCUCCAGCUCAUAGAUCGAGAAAAGCCGACUAAACUAGUUCUGAAGGACAAGGUUGACAUAAGUUUACCUACCAGCAUCUCGUGUUUUUUUUUAUAUUGGACGGAUCGGAAUUUACGGUUACAACUUGAAAGUCCCGUCCGACAGCGGGAAAUGACACAGGAGCUUGCAAAAAAGAGAGGUGUUCUGGUGUUCCAGAAUGAGGCGUCAUACAGUGGUGGUCGGCGGCAGGCGCUCACAGAGGAUGACGAUGACUGGAGGGCCUUCCUAGGGAACCCCCUGACCGCCGCCUCCAAGGCCAUGAUGCACAUCAACGGAGAUGAGGACAGUGCCAAUGCUCUCCUCUACAACUACUAUAAGGUGCCACAAGACAAGAGAACGACUGGACAGCCCAAAACAGAAGUUAUUGUGGGCGAUGCUGAUCCAAACAUUAUGAACUUUGUGGUGCCACUCCAAGAUUCCCCCCUGGCCAUGACAACUCUGAGGACCGUCCAUCGCAACACCGCGGCCCAGGGCAGCAGCCAACCCAGCCGGGGGGACAAAACCCAGGCUCUCUACCCAGCCUCAAACUCCAUAGUCUGCAUCUCCACCACCUCCAGCCCUCCCCCCUACUCCCUCAGCCCAGGGGGGACCCAGGCCCUGCACUCCUUCCCCGUUUGCACCCCCACUGGUCCCCACGGUUCCCAAUCGGAUGGCAUGGCCUUCAGUCGCCACCUCAGCCAGUACAGCCCCAGAGCCCGGAGCCUCACCCCUGACUCCACCUACACAAAGUCCUACAAGGACAGCACCAAUGAGGUUUUCCCUCCCUCUGAGGAGGUCCAGCUACGUAUGACCUCCAUCCCUCCUGGUGGAUACCCUUACUACAGCUCCACAGCAAGUCAACACUUUGAGUACAUGCUGGAGGCUCCCCAGUCCCUCUGGACCAAGAGCAACAGUGGCCAGAUGAGCUACCUGAACAAGGCCCAGUUCUACCCCAUCACCUUGAGAGCACUAGGGGGCACCCCGCUCCAAUCUCAUCUCAGUGGAGAAGUCCGGAGUGUGGUGAUGCUUGUGUUUGGAGAGGAGAAGCUCACAGAGGACCAGCUCAAAUACUGGAAGUACUGGCACAGCAGACAACACACAGCCAAGCAGCGUUGCAUUGAUAUUGCUGACUAUAAAGAGCGAUUCAAUACGAUCGCCAAUAUUGAGGAGAUCGCCUACAAUGCCAUCUCUUUCACAUGGGACACAAAGGAUGAGCCACGGGUGUUUGUGUCUGUGAACUGUCUAAGUACAGACUUCUCCCCUCAGAAGGGAGUGAGGGGCCUUCCUCUCAACCUCCAGAUUGACACCUACAGCUUUGGGAGCCAUGGUCACAAGCUAGUACACAGAGCCUACUGCAUGAUUAAGGUGUUCUGUGACAAAGGUGCCGAGAGGAAGAUCCGAGAUGAGGAAAGGAAGCAGCCUUACAGGAAGGGAAAGAGACAGGAGACAACCGCAGCCUAUGUGGAAGACCCUCUGCAGCUGAAGCAUGUGGCCAUAGCAUCGUUCAAAGCCAUGAGUGACAUGGACUCCCAGCCAGUUCUCUUCAUCCCAGAGGUCCACUUCCCCAGCACCCAGCACCACCAUGCAAGCCUAUCAGAUGACAGUGAGGAUAGCUUGGGGCAGAAGAGACUACUCCACUGUGAUGAGGACUUUGAGUUGGCUCCUCACAAGAAAGCAAGGCGGGACGGACCAGAGAAAGUGCUGCUUUAUGUCCGUAAGGAGACAGAGGAGGUGUUUGAUGCUCUGAUGCUGAAGACGCCCACUCUGGCAGGACUACUGAAGGCUGUAACCGAUAAAUACGAGCUGCCGCUUGAAAAAAUGGGGAAAGUCUACAAGAGGUGCAAAAAAGGGAUCUUAGUCCAUAUGGACGAUAACAUCAUCAAGCAUUACUCCAACGAGGAUGCCUUCCAGAUCAACAUGGAAGAGGUGGGGGGGGAAAUGCUGCUGACACUGACUGAGAUCUGAGUCCGGACAAGGGAAGUAUUCAUCAGGGCACAACUUUUUGCAAUGGAAAAUGAAAAUGAGCAUUUCUUAUUUGGUCCUUUUUCUACCUAGUGAAUAUGAACACAACCCUGGUCAGGGGGAGUGGAGUCUGUUGUCUUGGGCCUCCAGGGGGAGAACCUUGGAGGUGGAACACAUGUUGACCCCGGCAGCUGAGGGACACAACCGUAGGAUUAGUCACCUGUUUACACAACUGUAACAGACUUAUUUUCAUGAGUUCUGCCUUUCUGCUGCGCCAGUGUCUACGAGGCCAUUUCUGGUGUGGUUGGUUGCACAAAAUGGCUACCUUGCUCGCUGGCAAGAAAAAUACAUUUAAGUAUUUUCACAUAAAAUGUGACUGAGUGAUUGCUUCACAAGCAGAUGACGGGAGUCACACUGUACUACUGGGGCUUUUUGGCAGUAGCUACGGUACAAGAUGAAACAAUGAUGAGGACCAUUUGGAAACAAUAUUGUGUAACGGCCAAUGAUAUUUUCCUACUUUUUAGACGUUUUUUUUCAUGUGUAGUUUUUGAUCAACUACUUUUGCUAUAUAUACACAGACAAGACAGCAGCGAUGUCUUCAGAAUGCCAGUUAACGUAUGAAAGUAUUACGUAUUAUUUUGAAGUACAGUACCAGUCAAGUUUGGACACACCUACUUAUUCCAGGGUUUUUCUUUAUUUUUACUAUUUUCUACAUUGUAAAAUAAUAGCGAAGACAUCGAA